AUGGCAGCUCUGGACGCUAACAUAACGGAACUUUAUGUUCGAAGUAUUUGUUGCUUGGGACUUAUUUAAAAAGACGCACAGGUUUAUUGUAGCACCAAAACCAAAGUGGCAGCCAGAAAAGAAACAUGAACGUGAAUCAGGGAACUGUGGGCAGCGACCCGGUCAUUUUGGCCACGGCUGGGUACGACCACACAGUCCGCUUUUGGCAAGCCCAUAGCGGGAUUUGCACCCGGACAGUCCAGCACCAAGACUCUCAAGUGAAUUCACUUGAAGUAACACCAGACAGGAGUAUGAUUGCUGCUGCAGGUUAUCAGCAUAUCCGCAUGUACGAUCUGAACUCCAACAAUCCCAACCCAGUGAUUAACUAUGACGGCGUUAGCAAGAACAUCACCUCAGUUGGUUUCCAUGAAGAUGGACGCUGGAUGUACACGGGUGGAGAAGAUUGCAUGGCUCGUAUCUGGGACCUGAGGUCACGGAAUUUACAAUGUCAGAGGAUCUUCCAGGUCAAUGCACCCAUCAACUGUGUGUGCCUGCAUCCAAAUCAGGCAGAACUAAUAGUCGGAGACCAGAGUGGAGUGAUUCAUAUUUGGGAUCUGAAAACGGACCACAAUGAACAACUCAUUCCCGAGCCGGAGGUGUCCAUCAACGCAGUUCACAUCGAUCCCGAUGCCAGUUACAUGGCAGCAGUCAACAGCUCGGGUAACUGUUACGUUUGGAACCUGGCUGGAGGUAUGGGAGAUGAGGUUACGCAACUUAUUCCCAAAACUAAGAUCCCCGCACACAAACGCUAUUCACUUCGCUGCAAGUUCAGCCCUGAUUCCACUUUGUUGGCCACCUGCUCAGCGGAUCAGACCUGCAAAAUUUGGAGGACAUCCAAUUUCUCUCUGAUGACUGAGCUGAGCAUCAAGAGCAACAAUCCUGGAGAGACAUCUAGGGGCUGGAUGUGGGACUGCGCCUUCUCCGGGGACUCGCAGUACAUCGUCACUGCUUCAUCUGACAACUUGGCACGUCUGUGGUGUGUGGAGACCGGUGAGAUUAAAAGAGAGUACAGUGGCCAUCAGAAAGCCGUGGUGUGUCUGGCCUUUAAUGACAGCGUGCUCACCUGAGGAGGACUAUGGAACAUUGAAAGCAUGACAGCAUAAAAAUUAAUCCAGUUAAAGAUGGUAUACUGGCCAUCACCUUUUAUUUUUUUCCCUAAACAUAUUGAUUCUAUCUGUUUAUCUUAUUUAAAUAAAUAUGUGGUUUGUCUCAUGUUGAAUUCA